UCCCCCAGAGAGAGAGAGAGAAAUAGAGCUAACAAAUUCCGCCAUUUUCGUCUUCCAUAGAACCUCUGAGCAGAGCCACAGGGGAGUGGUGGCCUACGCCCAAUUGAUUCCCCCUCUUUCCAUUUCCUAUCGAUUCCCCAAUUCUCCGUGUUCCCAAUUUGGCCCCCUCCUCAUGACUCCUGCUUUCUCCUCCUCCUCCUCCGCCGCCGCCCAGCGCCUCAUCCGCUGCACCCACGCCCCCCGCCGGCCCUCCUCAAUGUCGCCUCCCCCGAGGAAGCUCAAGCCAAUGGCGGAGGUCAUGGCCAGGGCUAAGUACGCCGUGCUCGAACGGGACGAUUACGACGACGUCAGCUGCGAGAAAUGUGGCUCCGGCGACCGCGACCACGAGCUCCUUCUCUGUGAUAAAUGCGAUAAAGGCUUUCACAUGAAAUGCGUUAGUCCGAUCGUCGUUAGGGUCCCGAUUGGAUCCUGGCUUUGCCCCAAAUGCUCUGGACAAAAAAGAGUAAGAAGUUUCUCUCAGAAGAAGAUUAUCGAUUUUUUCCGAAUUCAGAAAUGUAAAGAUGAAGAAGCCCCAUAUCUAUCUGCUCAAGCUAUAAAGCGUAGGAGACGAUUGCGGUCUUUGGUGUGGCAGAAGAAGAGGAGAAGAUUACUGCCAUUUCUUCCAAGUGAAGAUCCCGCUCGCAGAUUGAAACAGAUGGGUUCACUUGCUACUGCUUUAACAACAUUUCAAAUGGAGUUUAGUGAUGAUCUGACUUACGUGCCAGGCAUGGCUUCUAGAUCUGCUAAUCAAGCAGAGUAUGAAGAUGGUGGAAUGCAGGUUCUCUCCAAAGAGGAUGCUGAGACCUUGGAACUCUGCAGAGCGAUGAGCCGAAGAGGCGAAUGCCCUCCCCUUUUAGUUGUUUUUGAUUCAUGUGAAGGUUUUACGGUAGAAGCUGAUGACCAAAUUAAGGACAUGACGUUUAUUGUUGAAUAUACGGGUGAUGUGGAUUAUCUUAAGAAUCGUGAACACGACGAUGGUGAUAGUUUGAUGACCCUUCUUUCAGCAAACGAUCCGUCUCGAAGUCUUGUCAUCUGCCCAGACAAACGUGGAAACAUUGCCCGCUUUAUUAACGGAAUAAAUAAUCAUUCUCCAGAAGGUAAGAAGAAACAGAACUGUAAAUGUGUGAGAUACAAUGUCAACGGCGAAUGCCGGGUCAUUUUGGUCGCUAUCCGUGAUAUUGCUAAAGGGGAGAGGCUUUAUUAUGACUACAAUGGAUAUGAGUAUGAAUACCCUACUCAUCAUUUCGUUUGAGAAUUUCCUAGGAUACUUCUAACAAUCUUGGGAUGUGAUUUGUCCCAUACAGUUUUUUUCUCCAUUUUUUUAUCUGCUGAAUCUUGUUGCAAAGUCAACAGUUUUUGCUGAUUCUAUCAGAGUAAUUUGUAUUGCAUUUCCUCAGCUGAGGCCGAGGUCGAGGGUAGGACCGGGCCAGGGGGAGGGAUGGGGUGGGUGUAGGAAUGCAGAUUUUUCCCGAGUUUCGGUAGUGUAGGAUGAAACUCAGGCGUCCUAGAAGUUCAUCUGUUAGGUAUAUCAUUGUAAUACAUUUCUCAGAUAAAUUAGUUUCAAUAUUUAAGGAAAAUGAGGUACU